AUGCGAUUUUCGAAAAAGAUGUGGGCACAGGUACGAGAAGAAAACCCGGAAUCGCAACUGUGGGACAUCGGAAGGGUGAUUGGGCAGUUGUGGCGCGAGACGCCAGACAGCGAAAAAUCGGUUUUCCAGGCCGAAUACGAUGCAGACAAGAUAGAAUACGAAAAAGCCAUGAAGAAUUACCAAAGCUCACCCGCCUACCAGCAGUAUGUACAACAACGAAAUCGGCAAAAACAAACCGAAAAGGCGCAAACGUCACGAAAUCGUACAAUGGACAAUGGUGGUGUUGUCAUUCAGCCUGUCGACGAGGAUGAGGCUGUUAAUGAAUUUUCGCUUAGAAAGUUCCAUCAUCAAAGAUAUGAAAAGAACCAGAGGAUGAUGGCUGAUCUUUUCAGUCCCUAUUCUGUGCAAGAUACGCGAAUGAUCGUUAGUCAAAGUCGUAUUGAUAUGUUGAGGAAACAGGCGCAAUCCCUGGCUGCCCAUCAAACAAAGCUAGAAGACGAGCUGAAAAAGCUGGAUGAAAGCUUUGCGGAAAAGAAGAAGAGCAUACAAACCGGACGGAUAGCAUUUAAUGAACAAAUGGAAAAGGCAGCCAAGGAAAAGCCAUCGCUAGAUGAGGCGAACUUCCAAGAAUUGUUGGUCAGCUGGGAAAAGAAGCUGCUGGAUGCAUACGCUGUGUAUCAGAAGCAAAUUGAUGACCAGACUGCCAAACAAGAUGCGGAGCGCGAGAAAAGUACAUUGUUUGCGAUGGUAGCUGCAAAUGAUGAUGAAAAGCCGGAAGAAACCAACGGCAACCCAGAAAACACAGCAGCAUCCGAAGAUCCCCAGGGAAUGACCGGGAACCAAGCCGAAGCUAUGGAUACCACCAAUUCCAAAGAAACUUCCCAAACCCCAGACACCUCCAACGAUCAAGUCUCCUCUACCACCUCCGAUGUUACCUCAACCACCACCGAGAAU